AUGUCGACUAGUACCGAUGAUGAAUCGUCAGAGGAUCGCAUGAUGAAUAUCCAACCCUCGUCUAGUGCAGGAGGUGUCUUUUCUUCUCGUGUGCCCCCAUGCAGGGCUCCUAUAGGUGGAAACAAGACUAUAGAGCCCAAGGAAAUGGACUUGGAGGUCGCAUCCAUCUCGGACGUGCCUGAGAUGGAGGAAAGGGACUUCCACAGCAAGCAGGUAUUCAAAGGCUGGACACUGGCGUUGCUCGCAUAUCAAUCACUCGGCGUCAUCUAUGGCGACAUUGGGACAAGCCCUUUGUAUGUCUUCUCGUCUACUUUCAGCAGUGAACCAAGCUAUGACGAUAUCCUCGGAGCCGUGUCGUUCAUCAUCUGGGCUCUCACCAUUAUGGUCACCAUCAAAUAUGUUUGCAUAAUACUCUAUGCAGAUGAUGAGGGCGAAGGAGGGACAUUUGCUGUAUACUCCCUCCUGUCACGAUAUGCAAGUGCUACACCAACCUCGCUUGACCUUUCACAGAUAUGCUCAUAUUAUGCUUAG